CACCGCAGCCCGCCCCUCCACCGAGCCAGGCCGCGGCGCCGGCCCCUCCCCGCGGCCUUCCCCGCCACCGCGCCAUCCACUGUGCGCCAUUGCCCGUUUGCGUGAACCAUCCAGCCAUCCUCCCCGGGGCUCCAAUCUGUGAGUAUGUUGGUGUGUUGCCGAGGACUGGAGAGAAAAGGUCAGGGUCUGAUAUGCAUAUGCCAUCACUUCAUGUUGAGAACAAUUCCGAGGCACCACCGGCACCGGAGUACUGCAUUGAUGCUGGCUCCAUUGGAAGUUUUGCAAGGUUCAUAAACCAUGGCUGCAACCCUAACCUCUUCGCCCAAUGUGUCCUAACCAAUCACCACGACGUCAAGCUAGAAAAGGUGAUGCUUUUUGCUGCCGACACGGUACUUCCACUUCAGGUAGCACCUAACAUCGACAGCUGCGAUGUCAGGAACUCCCUCGCAAUUGCCAAAUAUGUCGCUGAAAUUACAACUUCUACAGACAGACCAAGGAGUUGAGUUGUGAGGCCCCCACCUACAUGACACCAAACUGAUAUCAAUGAGAAAAGGCGUAGUAUUCCCAUUGACUGGUUGACUGAGAUUUGCUUAAGAUCAUGGAAGCUUGGGUUGAUGGAGUGCUUGUAUUUAGUUUUUGUUUUGACCUUGUGAAACUUGUUACCUAUGGAUGAAACUGUGUAAUAUUGAUGAAACUAUGUAUAUGUACGGAUGAACCUUGCUACUAUUGGUAACAUGUAUUGGAUAUAUGUGUUCAUGACUAUUGGUAAUAUGUAUUGAAUAUGCUAUAUUGGUCA